AUGGGUAAUUCUGCUCGGUUUGGCGAGAUCAAUGCAAAUGUGUCUGAGCCACGCAAGCCACAAGAGAGGCGAAUCUCCAUCACGACAAUGUCCUCGACUCGAAACCGAAGUGGCGUGCUGGGCCGAGCUGUCCUUAGGCUCAAGCAGGUGGAGGUCCAACAGAGUCAUCAAGAGGCCCAGAAGGAUGUUCUGGAUCAGAUGAGAGUGAAACUUAAAAGUCAACAGUACUGCUCCAACAGCAGAAGCGUCGACUUCUCCCUGAUGUCCAAGUCUAACAGCCUAUCAGAGUUUGAGGCGGAGUACCAGGAGCUCUGGGAUUGGCUGAUGGACAUGGAAUCCAUAGUGACAGACAGCCAUGAUCUGAUGAUGUCAGAGGAACAGCAACAUCACCUGUAUAAGGGGAACAGUGUGGAGAUGUCCUUGUGGCUUCCUAGGAAGAUGCAGCUUCUGGGCUGGUCUGAAUCUCUGAAGAGGAGCGGGACUGAACUUCCUGUGGACUUUGACCAGCGGCUGACGGCCCUCCGCAGCAAAUGGGAUCAACUCGAGAAAACCCUGGCGGAGCAUGUGGAGCCCAGUGUGGGCCAGCGGAGUCAGCGAGAACUUCUGUCUCCUGACACCAAUAGGAUGGUGACCCAGCUGGAGAGCCGGAUAAAGGAGUUAAAGAGCUGGCUGAGAGAAACCGAGCUCUUCAUCUUUAAUCUGAAUCUCAGACCAGAAGCACAACAAUGUGAGAGCAGCACUCAAGACGCUGAUGACCCACAACACGACCCGCAGGCCACCAAACAGCUGCAGCACUUCAAGGCUCUGUGUAUGGAGGUGCGGGGCAGACGGAAGGGCAUUUCCUCCGUGCUGAGGCUCUGUCAGAGGCUGCUGGACGGGCCUGAACAGCAGAGCUCAGAGGCAGAGCGCCAGUCGCUGCAGCUGCUGCAGGUCAACCUGGAGAGACGUUGGGAGGCCAUCGUCAUGCAGGUCCUUCAGUGGCAGACCAGACUGAAACGCUCACUGGGCAGAGACCAGGUCUCUGAGAACCUCAUUGAGCCUUCUCUCAUGGAGCUCCAUGGCCAGACGGAAGACUCUUGGGAGUGGGACGAAAUGGACAUGACUAUCUGCGAUCUGGAUACACAGGACUGUGAAGCUGAGCAAAAGCCUGGAUCUAAAGCACACCUUAAUUCCCCAAAGGAGACUUCAAGUCUCACCGAGUCAUGCCCAAAUGACACACGGUGUGGAGCAGCCUUGAGCUCUGCAGAACUGAAUCCAGAAUCUUCUCGUGUUUAUCAGGUGUACAGUCUGCAUAAUGUUGAACUCUACCAACAACCCCAAUAUAAUCACAAAUCAUCAUCAACCAAAUCCCAACAGUCACUUUUGAAGCGCCAGAGCAUGGAUUCCUCCUUCUCCUCAGCCGAAUCCUUACCUGACAUCCUGGGAGACCUGUUGAAGGGGAAGCAGGGGCUGCUAUCGGAUUCAGCCAGGAGAUCGGAGAGCGAAAGUGGGAUAGUUAGUGAAGGGGACACAGGUAACUCUGAGGUUUGCCUGCUGUUCCAGAGCGAUGAUCCAAAAGUUUGUGUUACUCUCACCUGUCCUAACAGAGAAGAUGGAGACAGAGUGUCAGAUGAAGACAUAGAAAGAGUUUUGGAGCGUGCCAACAAGUGUGCAGAAUAUGGUGGCAGUCUUACCAUUGGGCAGAGAGACCAGCAAUGGCAUAUCACGAGAAAGAAGAGAGAAGAUGGUGGAGAAAGCAGGAAGAAACACCGCAAGGAGCCAAUGAAGAUUCAUGCCAACGGCUUUGGGCUAAGCCAAGAGGUUAACGACAAAUAUCUCAACAUGAGCGGAGAUGAAGAGAGGGUGACUACACACCGAAAGCUCCAAAAGGAGUUCACACAGCUAUCCCAGGGGUCUUCCCUUGACUCUCUUUUCACAGUAGGAGAGUUAUUUCCAUCGAGCAAAGAGGCACUGACUCGUAGCACUUCCCUGGAAAGUUGGCUCACUCCAUGUAAGAGCGCAGAGGACGCGGGCAGUAAGGAAAGUCUGAGGGAUGUUGAAUCGACUGUGGAGCCCACAGGGGAACUCAGCAGAAGAACUCUGGAACUUCUAAAACGCCUUGAGAACAUCCAAAGCCCUCUUGCAAUGAAGAUGACGCGUAGCGUCUCUGACGUAACACUCCAUAGCAGCUCGCUGUGGCGUGGGUCACGCUCGGCUGGAGCUCCCUCCUCCAUUAACGAGAGCUCGGCAGCCUCCCUGACGGAGCUGAGCAGCACCGAGGACUCGUCCGUGGCAUCCGAGGACCUAGCUGUGCAAAUGAACCGCUGUGUGGCUGCAGAGUCCAACGCAUCCUUCCGUAAACAUUGCCGCAGCCAGCAACAAACCGACGAGACCGAUGCAAGCAUUAGUAUGGUCGUCAACGUUUCCUGCACUUCAGCCUGUACUGACGACGAGGAUGACAGCGAUCUUCUCUCCAGCUCCACUCUGACGCUCACCGAAGAAGAGCUCGGUAUUAAAGACGACGACUCCAGUGUAACCUCAGAGGAGGAGUACAUUGAAGGUUCCCUCGCUCUUGGGCUGGAUUAUAUAAAGGGUGAGUUUCAAAGCUGGAUGAAGCCUAGAUCUCAGAGUAAAGAGAAAAAUGAAGCAGAUCUAGUGGAUGAGCUGCAGUGUGGCACCAUGUCUAAAGACAUCCUGUCACCGGUUAAUACCGCCAACGAUCAUCACUUUCUCAGCCGGUCCGCGUUGAAACUCUUGGAAGCCAACACUAAUGCUAAAAACGAGAGCCUCGGGCAAUGGGAGGUGGAUGGCAACCGAAGGGACGCCACCAGGAGCUAUAUCAACCACUUCGUGGAUGACAUGGAGAACGGGAAUGUCGAGAGCACUCACAUCAAAGGCAAGGAUGAAGACGACGAGCUGCUGAGGGAAGAGGGAAGUCUGCUAACCAAGAAAGGGGAAUCGUUUAAAAACUGUUAUGUGGCGGAUGCUGUCAACGGUGUCAAAAGCGGUAUGGUGACCGCCACCUCUCCAUCCUCAUGCGAACAGUUGAGCUUGAGCUCCUUGGAAGGGCAGUUGAAAGGCGAGCUGCCCUGUCACAAUUCCCACCGUCCCUCACCCUCCAUCUCUCCCAUAGACGAGUGUUCAGGGUUAUCUGCACACGCUCACAGCCGACAGAAGCAACUCGCCGCCUUUCUGAAUGACGUCCACGAGAACCAUCAAGAAAGCUCUUCAGAGAGCUGCAACCACCCUGCUUUCAUCUCUGAAGAGGCCAAGAGUGACAGUGUCCAUGACUUUGUGAUGGAGAUCAUUGACAUGACAUCAGAGGCCCUGAAGACCAAAGAGGUGCAGGCAGAGCAGCCAACGGAGGUGUGUAGCCAGACGUCCGUGUCUCAGAUCAGAGAGAAGGUCCUCGAGCACUCCCAUCGGCUUAUCCAUUUGCGCAAGGGCGACUUCUACUCCUACCUGUCGCUGUCCUCGCACGACAGCGUCUGCGGAGAGGUCAACACCUGCGCGGAGGACAAGAGCAGCACCCCGAUCCUUUCGAGUACGCCAGAUAUCCGUGACGAAGAGCCGCUCUUCGAGGCCUGCACCGAGGAAGUGUAUUUGGGCCCUCCUCUUUGUUACAGCAUGUCCAUUAGCAAACGGCCCACGAGACACGGCGGCAAACUAAUAGAGCCCCUCGGUUUCCCGAGUCCAGCACCUUCACCGGGCUGCGAUGAAUACCAAAAAGCACAUGGUAUUUCUCAAGGAAGUGCAGCUGGUAGCCAGCCAGAGUGCCAUAAUGAGGCGCCUUAUCAUAAUCCUUUACCAUGUGAAACCCCGAUAGAUACUGUUGAAUGUUUUGCAGAUACUAAAAUGCUUGAAUCCAAUAUUUCCCCUGUAAUGACUAAGAUAAGAGUCUCUUGCUCCACUACAAAUCCUUUAAAAGAGGAUGGCAGCCUUUAUAUUAAUCCCAAAAUUAACUGUCCGCUGAUAAGGAAGACUGAUAGCGAUGAAAGGGCUCCUGCUUCACAGUUGAUGAAACAGAAGAACGUCAGGAAAGGGCGCCGCUCUCUACAGGAAGCCAAGUCGACUCAUAAGCAGCUGGCAAGGUCAGAGAGCAGCGGUGGUGUUGCGGAGGGCUGCAGGGCUCAGAUCAGCGGUCCGCAGACAGAUAGCUCAUCUGCAGGAAGGAGUAGAGUCAGCAGCAGGCCUCAGGUCAAGAGAUUCUCUGGAAGUCUCGCCACACCUGUGUGUAAACCCUGACUGACCCAGUGGAGGCUCUCUGAGGUCUGAUACUCCACCUGUGGGUAGUGAUGUGGGGUCUGGAGCGGACACCUAAAUGGAUGUUAGUGCAUGGGCCAUUAGUCUGGCACUUUAGAGAUCUAAGUCCUUCAUCCUCAGCACCCUCAUCCUCUUCCUCCUGGCUGCUUUACUAUUUACCCGUGACCUUUGCCCUCCUGGUGACCACCACUUCAAGCUCCACACGAGACUGAGCUACCUCACCAGUCUUCCGCCAUCCCGGCCCUGUCUAAAAGUACACCGCUAAAGUACACAUAAACCUCUUCUAUCACAUCCCUGAUGAUACUGAACCUGAUCAGCCAGCUAGCGACAUCUAAGCAGGUUCAGCUGUUUCAUGCCUAAGCGUUAAGGCAUGUUAUUUGAGGGUUGCCCCAUCAAUCAGUAAUGUGGUCCUAAUCAGCCUCGAAUGAGACGUGACGUCGUGGUCUGUCACGUGGAGGAUAUCAAACAGGCUUCACGUUUCUCUCUAGCCGACUGAAGUAGCGCCACAGUUUCUAUGCAACACGACGGUUGUGUGAUGUUGUGUGGCAUGCGAAACCUUUUUUUUUACUCCCUGAUAAACAAAGAAAUGUAUAAACAUUUUGUGCCUUGCAGUUACUACAUUUUGUUAAACACUGCUUCACCCCCCUCGUGUGUCCUGUGAUCGGUGAGAAAGCAGACGUGUGGCAAGGCUGAGAAUGACGAAUGGGCAUCUGUAAAUAUGUAAACUGUACGUUCAAACCCUGGUGUAUAACGAUGUCAUAUUACUUCAUGAUCGUGUUCCUGUUUGUGUUACGUGACGUGGAUAAAUAGCUACUGUUAGACUGCAUGGUGAACUAUGUACAAGAAAACUUCCAUAAAUAAACCU